CGCUAGUGCGGCCAUUUUGUGCAAGAGUGAGUGUUUCUCGGAUGUUUAAAGAUAGCCGUCAAUGAAAAGCGAAGUUACGUAUUAGUUGGUGUUAGUAGUUUGAAUAUUUUGUCGCAGUCUAACAGAAAGAAUAAUGGCAGAAGAAAACGUUAAAAAAUUUCACCUUGAAGGGGAAUGUGAAUUGAGAUUUGAAGUGGAAAGUGAAAAUGAAGUGACUUUAGUGUUAAAGAGCGGAAUGGCAGGGGUAUUUGGUACAGAACUUGUGAAAGGAAUUCGAUAUGUAUUCACAACGGGAUCAAAGAUAGCUGUAUUUACAUGGCAAGGAUGUGUUAUUGAAUUGAGAGGGAAGAUGGAUAUUUGUUACAUUGCGAAGGACACACCCAUGGUUAUGUAUCUCAAUGUACAUGAAGCACUGGAACUUCUAAGAAGAAAGGCAGAAUUAGCCAAUGGCCGAGGGCCUGUAACAAUGAUUGUGGGUCAGUUGGAUGUUGGUAAAUCAACUUUAUGUAGGUUGCUUCUGAAUUAUGCAGUUCGAAUGAGCCGAAGGCCAAUAUUUGUUGAUCUGGAUGUUGGACAGGGUCAAAUUUCAAUCCCUGGGACAAUUGGUGCACUUCUGGUACAGAGACCUGCUGCUGUUGAAGAAGGUUUCUCUCAGCAGGCUCCUCAACUAGUUUAUCAUUUUGGACAUGAGUCACCAAGCACGAACCUUGCUCUUUAUAACAUGUUGGUGUCACGACUAGCUGAAGUAAUUUCAAAAAGAAUGCAGGCCAAUAGGAGAGCAAAUGCUUCUGGUGUGAUUAUCAAUACCUGUGGGUGGGUGAAGGGUGACGGAUACAAGCAACUCACCCAUGUUGCUCAAGCGUUUGAGGUGGACAUCAUCCUAGUCUUGGAUCAGGAACGGCUGUACCAUGAGCUUGUGCAUGAUAUGCCAACAUCUGUGAAGGUUGUUUUCCUACAAAAGAAUAGAGGUGUAAGUAGCUCAGUCUUUUCUGUAUGAACUAUGUAACUGAAAACCCCUGUCGAGGGAGGUUCAGCACUGCUAAUACCCAGUGCAAACUCCAAAUUUAAGUAAAAGAAGCACUGUCUAAUUUACAGUUUUCAUAACUAUCGGUUGUACUAACAUAAUUACUGAACUCAUGGUACUGUUAAAUUCUUGUGAACCUGGUUUUUUGAGCUAGACUGUAGAAACAGCACUCAAGGUAUUUUAUAUAGGAAGAGGAAUAAACUUUCCCAGUGUGAAAAAUCAUUACCAUCAUUGAGUUUAUUAUUUUUAAACUUAUUUGGGAAACCUCUCCACUCAAAUUGCCUACAAGAAUAAUUUGCCAUUGUUGAGAGAUUCAACACAUGGGUUGUCAAAUGCCAGUUGGUUGUUUUCUAUGUCUUAUUCUUUGUAUUGGAAAGCAAACAAUGUAAGAGUUUUUAAACCGAAUAAUUACAAGCAUUUCCUUAAUUUAUUCUUCCCUAAUUUAAUGAUGAAUGCCAUUUAUAUUUUUAGAUUUUCAGAUUUCAUGGCAGUGAAGAUCACAGUAUGAGUAAUUUA